ACACACACACACACAUUAUUAUCUUUUUUACACUAAAAAGAUGGCUGAAAUUAGAAGAAAACUUGUCAUUGUCGGUGAUGGUGCUUGUGGUAAAACUUGUUUGUUGAUUGUCUUUUCAAAGGGUACCUUCCCAGAGUUUUAUGUUCCCACCGUCUUUGAAAAUUACGUAGCUGAUGUCGAAGUCGAUGGAAAACACGUGGAGUUGGCUUUGUGGGAUACAGCAGGCCAAGAGGAUUAUGAUCGUCUCAGACCCUUGUCAUACCCUGAUUCUCAUGUUAUCUUGAUUUGUUUUGCUGUUGACUCUCCCGAUUCCUUGGAGAACGUUCAAGAAAAGUGGAUUUCUGAAGUACUUCACUUCUGUCAAGGUUUACCUAUUCUUUUAGUAGGCUGCAAAAAGGAUUUAAGAAAUGAUGCUGCAACAAUUGAAGAACUUCGAAGAAACUCACAAAAGCCUGUUGGCUUUGAAGAGGGUGCUUCGGUUGCGCAAAGAAUUAGUGCUUACAAGUAUCUCGAAUGUUCUGCCAAGACAGGCGAAGGCGUACGUGAGGUAUUCGAGCAUGCAACAAGAGCUGCAUUAAUGGUAACAAAGAAGAAGAAGAAGAGUGGUUGUACUGUCUUGUAAAAUAAAAAAAUAAAUAAACUAUUUUUAUUCGUCACACUCUUACAACCACUUCUUCCCCUUUUCCUCCCUCCCCUUUCUUCUUCCCUUACCACCUAACAACCCACCACCUAACAACCCCCGUCCCACACACACACACACACACACACACAAACACACACACACCCCUUUUUUUUCUUUUUUUUUUAAACAUAAAUAUAUAUUCCAACCUCUU